GCUGCAGCGGGGCUGGUCUCGCUCUGCCUGCAUUCAUAAACGGAUAUGAUAAAGCAGCGCUGAACGUACCGUAGCAGCAACAACAGUCAGGUCGGACCAUGGCGGAAGAAGACGACGCGAGAAUUCGGAUUUUACAGAGCCUGCGGGGGAAAAUAUGCGAGGCCAAGAACCUGGUUCCAGUCUCUGGUUCAAAUAGGCAACGAGAUCUGUGCACCUUUUGCACUGUCAGCCUGGAUCAAGAGGAAGUGUUCCGCACCAAGGUAUUCGACAAAAGCCUCAGCCCUUUUUACGGCGAGGACUUCUACUUUGAGAUUCCACGGCCAUUUCAGUGUUUAUCCUUCUACGUUCAUGCCAAGAACGUUUUAUGGUUACGCCAAGAACCAUUUGGUAAGGUUUCUAUUCGGAAGGAGGAUCUGUGUAAAUACAGUGGGAAGGAGCACUGGUUCAGCCUUCAACCAGUAGAUCCAAACUCAGAAGUCCAGGGUAAGGUUCACCUUGAGAUGCGGCUGAAUGAACUGAUCACAGAGAAUGGUUCAAUGUGUCAGCAGCUACUAGUCCGGAUAAUAGAAUGCCAGGGUCUGCCUCUGAUCAGUGGCCAGAACUGUGACUCUUAUGCCACCGUGUCACUCGUUGGACCUGCCAGGUCUGACCAGAAGAAAACAAAGGUAAAGAAGAAAACCAGCGACCCUCAUUUUGAUGAGACCUUCUUUUUUGAGGUCACAAGGUCCAGCAGCUACUCGAAAAAGUCACAUUUCCAAGUGGAGGAGGAGGACAUUGAAAAACUAGAGAUCAAAGUUGAUUUGUGGAACAGUGGCAAUCUGGGUCAGGAUGUGUUUUUGGGGGAAAUACGGGUAUCUGUGAAGAUCUUGAGGAAUGAACACUUCCACAGAGCUUGGUAUCUCCUCCAGCCCAAAGGGAACGGUAACAAGUCCAAGUCUGAUGACUUGGGCUCAUUGCGUUUGAAACUGACCUACAUAGAGGACACAGUGCUGCCAUCUACCUGCUACACAUCACUCUGCAAUCUGCUGCUUAAAUCCCCAGAUGUAAAGCCCAUCUCAGCGUCAGCAGCACACAUCCUGGGGGACAUCUGCAGAGAGAGAUAUGAGGCCAUACUGCCCAUGGUUCGGCUGCUGCUCCACAACAACCGCUUUGUGCCUUUUGUCUCUGCUGUGGCUGCCCUGGAGCUGGAGAACACACAGGAGGCCAACACCAUAUUUCGUGGAAACACACUGGCAACACGCUGCAUUGAUGACAUGAUGAAGAUUGUGGGCAAGAACUACCUGACCGUUACCCUGAAGAGUGUAAUAGAUGAGAUUUGUGAUUCCAACAAAACAUGUGAGAUUGACCCAAUUAAGCUGAAAGAAGGUGAUAACGUGGAGGUCAACAAGGAGAACCUUCAGGGCUACGUGCAGAAGGUCUUCUCAUCCAUCACCCAGUCCAGUUCCAGCUGUCCCCCACUCAUGUGUGACGUCUUCAGGUCACUUAGACAAUUGGCCUCCAAACGCUUCCCAGGUGAUCCACACGUUCAGUACUCAGCUGUCAGCAGUUUUGUGUUCCUGCGGUUCUUUGCUGUCGCUGUUCUUUCCCCACAUUCCUUCCAGCUCCGUUCUCAUCAUCCUGAUCCUGAGAUUUCCCGCACACUCACACUCAUCUCUAAAACCAUCCAGACUCUGGGCAGCUGGGGCAGUUUGUCCAAGAAGCUGUCAAGUUUCAAAGAAACCUACAUGUGUGAUUUCUUCAAAUCAUUCCAAGAGGAGAAGUGUAUAGAAAAAGUGAAAAAGUUUCUUGAUGAAAUCUCCUCUAAUGUCAGCAAGGAGUCAAGUGGUGUGGCGGACGCUGUGGUUCUCAAGGAGGGGGAGGUACAGAAACGAGCCCAGGGGAAAAAACGUAUUGGCAAGAAAAACUUCAAAAAGAGGUGGCUCAGGGUGACCAACAGGGAGCUCUCUUACCACAAACACAGAGGGAAAGAGGCCCUCUGUAUCAUCGAUGUCAAAAAUAUUCGGGCAGUGGAGAAGCUGGAUGAAAGUGCCUUUAACCGCAAAAAUAUGUUUCAAGUGGUCCAUGCAGAGAAGCCACUGUAUGUGCAAGCAGGAAACUGUGUAGAGGCCAGCGAGUGGAUGGAGGUCCUGAGCCAGGUCAGUCGCUGCAACGAGGGACGACUUGCCACCUUUCAUCCGUCAAACUAUGGUGGUGGAGCCUGGCAGUGCUGCAAAAACCCGAGUGACAGCGCACCAGGCUGUAAGCCUUGCACAGCCACCAUGCUGGCCAACCUACAGCUGGAUAUAGACUGUGACCGGGAAACAGAGAGAGUCUUCUCCCUCCUGUCUUCGAAUGAUUCCAAGCUGCAGAACAUGGAGGAUGCAUGUGCCAGUCUGGCCGUGUACCAGGGCCCCCAGCGGGAACAGGAGGAAUACUCCAAGUUCACCAUUCAGGAACCCAAAGAGACGUUUCGCACCCUCAAACAGCUCCGCAACAUCAUGGAGGAGCUACAGAAACAGCACAACAUCAGGAGCGACCCCACAGCGCAGUAUGGCAGCCUGGACAACCCAAUAGUGGGGAAAACCUCCUAACCAGAACAGGCAGGUCUGGCCUGAGACAGACAUGCCAGCAGGUCGGGCAGCAGUACGCCACACACAGCACCGCAGUGACACACUGGUGUCCCAUAGGAGUCGUCCCAGAGAGAAAACCCAGUGUGUGUUCAGGAGCACCAAGAGCGAUGACCCCCGACCCCCUGAAGUCAUUACUUCACCACACAAGAGGAAGGCCUAAUACAGGAAGUCAAAGAGUUUCCUGACCCUCUCUAGGAUUUCUCCAUGGUCCUCGCAUAGAAGGACACCUUGUUUUUUUUUCCCCCUUUCACAGUAUGUUGUCAUGUCCUCCCCUUCCCUCUCCCUCCCAUACACAUCGCAGUUUCCAUAUCAAGAGGCUGCACCCUUGUUCUCCAUCCUUAUUUGUUUAGUGUCAAUCAUAUCUUUGUCUACAGUUGUGUGAAACGUGGCAUCAUUAGUUGGUGUGUGAAUAGGCUGCUAAACAUAUUUUUAUUCACCCAAUUUAAGGUCAACAACCGUUACGAUGCUUUCACAAUCUUUUAAGAUCUUGCUAGGAAGUCUGUCCUAACAGUAGGCAUUGAUAAUCAUCAUCUCUCAGAAACAGGAUGGAUUGUCCCCACCCCAUACAACUUUAUCUUCCUCUUUUUGUGUCCUUCCUCCUGAACAAAUAUAGUACAGUUAAGUAGAUAAAAACCAAUCUGCCUUACUUUGAUGGAUGUUUAACAGUUUCUUUCACAUCCAAUGCUGAGGGAAUAAUGCAGAAGCACUUUAAAUAUUUGGAGCCUUCCAAAUGGAAAAUGAUUAGAUACAUGGUAUCAGCAUUCCCCAUAUUGAUCAGUUACAUGAUCUCGAGUACAUUCUUGUAUCAUUCCUGUAUGAUAACAUUUAUAGCUUGUAGAUUUUAAUAGCUAUUUUUCUUAACCAAAGACAAUUUCGUAGGUUUGACUUGAAAAAAAAAAUUAAUGUAUUUUGAAUACAGAUGUUUUAAAAAUGGAAAGAAAUUAUAUAUAUUUGGUUUAUGUGUAAGUUUUUUGGUAACAUGUCCUUUACUUUUUAUUGACUAAGACAAAUAGAUUGCAUCUGGUCAGUUCUUGACCCUGAAAGCACGUGAUUGUGGUCUAUAAUUGUAUUACCAUGUGAAUGUGAUUUGUGGAACUGGUACGGUAUACAUCAUGUCCAUGUUGUCAUGUUGGCAGCAUAAUUAUUGCCACAUAUCUGUAGGUGGUGUAUCAGAGUAACUGGUAGAGAUGGGAGUCAGCCAGAAUACCACAUAUCCCUUCUCAUCCCUGAAACCAGUCCAGACAAUCACAGCCCCAGGCUAGCACACGUCAUGCCCCUGAUAGAAAGCCAGCAGUACUCCCAUUAGCUUCUUGUGGAAGCACUGAUCAUCAAGUAUCCCCAGUUUUUAUCUCAUGGCUGUGGAAAACAUGUCUGAACUGUGGCUCUCUUGCUAAAAGUUACAGUUGUGUUUUUUUUUGUUUGUUUGUUUUUUUUUUUUUGUUUUUUCUCACUUGGUAUGCAGAGUGCUGCUCCAUCGCCAGGUCAGUCAAGUUUUUCCUUUGCAUUGUAAACAAGAUAAACAAGCCAACCAGUGCCACACCUAGAAGUACCUGGUGGACACAUGACCUUACUCUCUCAACAUGUCCCGCAUUGUAAUAUUCCUCCGAUGACUCAAAUCACUCAUGACCAAAAUGAUGAACAAUCAAACUUAAAGGAGCAUGAAAUCCAGGCAGAAAACCUAGAUUUUGCUGACAUCUAGAGGUUGAAAAUGCCACCCUGCUGCAGGUUAGGCAUGUUGACAUGCCUCAUUUGGCAAUACAUGCAACACCCAACAGGCCCAGUUUGCCGUGGUUCCCACUCCCUUUGAAUCCUGCACACAAACUGGCAUAUGCUGGUUUUACUGACAUGAUUAAACGGCAGAAGAGGCAGAUACCACAUCAAAAUAUAAACAAACACUUUGAGAUAAAGGAUGGUCAGCUAUUAUUAUUUUUCAUCCACUUACUAUAGCUAAGAUAAUGGUGAAAUUGUCAUCGGACUUGCACACAGCACACAGACCAUUUUUAAGUUUUGCUUCAAUGCAAAGCCAUUGAUAGUGAAUUUCUUGUUUGUUUUAGGAGCUAGAAUUACCCAAUUCAUAUAAUACCAGUACAAGAGCUGCCACCAACACACUCCUUUUUAGCUCUGGCCCUGCCACUCGCGCAGCCAUUCCUACAUCUCUGUUGGGUGUGGUCAGAAAUGCAGCAGGGCUGAUGUUUUCAACCCUUAUAAGUCAGUGCAACAAUGCUUUUCUGCCAUAAAAGAUUCCGUUUCAUCACCCUUUAAAUCUUAACAAUUUGUCUCCAUACCUGUUUCCCUUUCUAAUAUUUUAUCAUGUCUGCCCGUUUGAAAGAUGAAGUUUUUAAAAGACACAAAAGAAACUUGAAUUUAGAUAAACAACAAGAGUUGAACAUUUAAUGCUGAUAAAACAGGGUUAACAUAUUUUUAUUUUCUUUAUUGCUUGUGGAAAUAUUUGUUUUCAGAAGUUUUGUCUUUGGUCCAUCAUAUAUUUCUAACAUGCAUGUCCUUGUAUAUUUAACAGUAUAUUUUUCUAGAAAAAAAGUUUUUGUAUCUUUUUUUUUAACACUGUGAUUUAUUGAUUGUUAUACUGUAUUGAUGUGUCAACGGUACCUUGUCCUUGUCUUCAGUGCUACUUUGAGGCUGGCUGCUUUUCGUCUUGUCACAGAGCGUUACCUUACAUAAUACUAGUCUGCUGCCAAGUCUACAUUUUGCUGAUAGCUGAUGCAGUGUUACUGAUGUGAAUAUUGUCUGUAAUGUCCCACCGAGCUGUGGCUGGCAGUGAAUAUGUUUACAUGCAGGCUACAACUGGAUGAACUGCCUAAUCAGAACCAAAUGAAAUUUUUGAAGUGAUGGAUCAUCAGAUGAACUGUCUAUGCGUUUUAAAGUCACUACCACUUUUCAGUUGGACUGGGGCCAGAUAGGUUACUCUAGACUGAGGGUUGAGGUGUAAAGGCAAAUAUAUCCUUAUAAUGGCUUAAAAUUAUUAAGCUUGCAUGUCAACGUCAUCGCUAGUAUUGCUGAGGACCAAUAGCCUUGUGGUUCAUGUCUUUUGGUAGUGUACUCAUUUGUGUAUGAAGGUAAAUUUGUUAUGGGUCCCUCACUUAUUGCUUUUAUCUGUUUUUAAUCAUAAGGGAAUUUUCUAUUUUUCGUGCCCACACCUUAUCCACUGUCAUAAUACGAAAAUAAUCCUUGCCUUGACUUGGAUCACAAGCAUGUGUCAAAAAAUACAGUGGCCUUGAAAAACCUCCUCUGAUUUCAAAAUGGACUCACCGAAUGAAGAUGGCAUCCUUCAUGGUCAUUGUCUCCCGGCCACAGUGCAACAUGUGCCAAGCCUUUCCAAAACGUUGAGGUUGAUGAAGAGGAAAUGUUGAUAUGUACUUUGAAUCAUCAGACGAAUAAGAGCAUCAGUCAAGGCGGCAGCCAGCUUACUUAACUUAAAUAUCAUUAAUCGCUAUUGACUUUGUUAGUGGUUCAACAAAAAAAAUCUCCAAGUGUUUGCUGACAGAAAUUAGGCAAAGGUGGAGUUUAUACAAGAAUUAAAGAAACUGAUUUCACUACCUGUGACAACAUCUGAUUUCAAAACCUAAAAAAAAAUAUGGACACUUGUCAAAUACAGUCACAAAAAGUGCAGAAACUGUUCACAUCAAAUUCUGUAAGUCUUGGGUGGUUCAGAGCUCUGAGUUCAACAGAGGCUGCUUUAAAGGAAAAUAUUUUGGGCAAAAUAAACUUUCUGAUUUACUCAGAUGGAGACAAGAUAUUCGAUACCAUCUUCACCUCUAUACAUCUAGUGGUUCAGUGCUGGUGGGUAGCAUUUUAUAUUUAGUUUAGCAUAAAGACUCAUUAGCUUCAGUCAAAGUGAGAAAAUAAACCUUACAGCUGCUCCACAGCUGUCUACCAUAUCCUACCCAUAGGAACCAAACCACUGGACACACAGAGGUGAAACGGUGUUGAACAUCUUGUCUCAGGCUGUAAGUCGGAAAAAGGGUAUUUUGCCCAAAAUGUUGGAGUGUUCCUUUAAACACUUACUGGAAGUUUGGCCACUUGACUGUGUGACGCCCUCAGAGGUGACUGAUGAAAUCUAAAGGCUGGCCUGUCAGCUUUUCCUGCCCAUUGAACAAUCAGUAGUCGCAGAGAGCGUACACGAUGUGGAGAUUUCCAGCUUGUACUCAUUUUUUUCUCAGUGUCUCUGAUACAACCUCAGUACAAGAUCUGCGCUUUUGUUUUUGUUUUUUUGUUUUUUGUUUUUUGUUUUUUUAUUUAAACAUUAAAUAAUUUAAUUUCCCUAUAUGGUCCUUUUACUUGUCCAUUUGAAAUAAUUUACAAUAAACACUUUGCCAAUGCUU